CAGAGGUACGAGGAGCUUGCCACGUUAUAGCACGUAUCUAUGGACGUUGCCGAGGGGAGGGUACCGUAAGCUUGCUCUCUGUCUGCAGUCUUGCACCACAGCGGUGCUCAACCACAGCAUGCUCUUCGAGAUUCACACAGCGGAAACCGGCUUUUGAACAGCGCCUGAGGAUAAAGCCAAACGCAGGCGGAUAACCCGAAGAGAGAGCCAUAAAUGUGCUUGCUGCUUCCAGGGGCAGGUGCAGGAAUAGGCUCCGGAGUUUAGGGACAAAGCUUUUGUGUGGAAGAAGAAGAUGCUGACAGACAUGAUUGUGGAGGAGGAAUUCGAAAUUAAAGAGGAGGAACCUUGGUUCGACCACCAAGACCUCGAGCAUGAUCUCCAUUUGGCUGCUGAGUUGGGCAAGACUCUGCUGGACCGUAAUCGGGAGCUGGAGGAGGGCCUCAAGCAGAUGUAUGGCACCAACCAGGAGCAGCUGCAGGAGAUUGAGUACCUCUCCAAGCAGGUGGACCUCCUUCGGUCCGUGAAUGACCAGCAUGCCAAGGUGUACGAGCAGCUGGACAACAUGGCGCGAGACCUGGAGCAGAGCAACCACAGGCUAGUGAUGGACAACCGAGCCGCCCAGCACAAGAUCCAAGGGCUCACAGACACCAUCGAGGGACUGCAGACGCAGGUGGACGAGCUCCAGAGGCAGGUGGUGGGCCUGAGCGCGUCCACGGCAGAGAUGGCCGAGAUGCAGCGACCGGGCAGCUCCAGGAGUCUGGGGUCAGGGAAAGGACUUGCAAGUGGCAGCCAGCAUUCCCACAGCGUCUCUGACGAUGACGAUGAAGAUCUGUGCCGGGCCGAAGACGACGCCGAGGACGAGGCGGAGUACGAGGCGCUCGUGAGCUCCGUGCAGGCGCUGCAGGCCCAGCUGGCGUCGGAGCGGGCGCGGCGCGAGGUGGCCGAGCGCGAGGUGGACGCCCUGGUGCGGGAGUGCGGCGAGCUGGACACGCGGCUGUCGCAGCUGGAGGGCUGCCGGGCGCGCCUGGCCGAGGCCGAGACCGAGGUGGCUGAGCUGCGGGAGCUGUGGCGCAACGACGGGGCCCGCAACUCCGCCGCCGGGCGCUUCCUGCCCGACGCCCUCCUCCUGCUGCCGGCCGAGAGGGGCGCCGGGUGCCGGCGUCGGAGCAGCCUGAAGCGCUGCAGCAGCGAGAGUCAGCUGAGGGUGACCGAGAAAGACGGCAGCAGCGGGGAAGAUGACGACGACGACGAAGGCGGCGAGCGGGGGGACAGGCUCGGCGGCGGCCUCUGCAGGCACGAGCGGGCGUGCCUGGGCCGGUCGGAGGUGGUGAAGCAGCGCGGCAUCUCGCUGCUCAACGAGGUGGACGCCCAGUACAGCGCCCUGCAGGUCAAGUACGACGCCCUGCUGCGGAAGUGCGAGGGGGGCCCGCAGGUCCAGACCAACAAGGCCGUCCAGACACCGGCCGCCACCGCUGCCUCCUCCUCCUCCACCACGACCACAAUCGCGGUCGCCACGACCACGGACCUCGACGCCUCUGUCGCGGCUCGCACCCACUCUGUCGCCGUGGGGCUCGAGGAGGACGCCCAGCUGCCCGAAUACAAGGUGCUCUUCCACGAGAUCUUCAAGUGCAUCCAGAGGUCCAAGGCAGACAUCGUGCAGAACAGGGCUAAGCCUCGGCACGUCGAGUGAGGCGGGCGGCAGGCCAGGCGCGAAAGAACGUUUACUGUGUCUUAUCGGACUUGAGUACUUGGCUGAAGUCCUAAGGGAAUUGAGUUGAACAGCUACGGUGGGAGCGGCAAUGACGCCAUUGUCAGCCAAAAAAAGAAAAAGAAAAAGAAAAGAAAAGAAAGAAGAUUGCUCCUCUGCACUUUUAACACCAGUGCCUAUUUAUGGACCUAAUCAACUCAGUUAUCCUGCCUUCUCCAAAGUGUUUGGAACAAACAAACCUCCGCUAUACUCUCUUUGUAAAAUUGCACUUUUUAAAACUAGAUAGAGCUCAGUAGAACACAGGAUCUCUGAUCCGUGGAGUCAUGUACGAGCUAGCACGUUUAAACUUGAAUUUGGUCUUUCAUUGUCGGGGUUGCCUUCUGGCACUGAAGGGCUUGUUCUUGGACUCAUGUUCUGCAACAUGUGAAUGGAUUGGAUCAGUCAGUUAGGGAUGAUUUCUAUUUAACCUGAGGAUUUGAAUCUGUACAGCAUGGUGCAAUAGCUUUUGGUUCGGAAUUGUUUUUUGGCUUUAGGGAUAAUCGAGGAAGUCCUGCUGCGUGGGACGUUCGGCUUGUGUUUAUUGGGAACCUUUGAAACGCUUGUAUUUCGCAACUUGAAUAUUAUGGUGCUCAGCAAGUUAUAAUCAACAUAAAUGGGAUCUGAUAUCUAUGUCGGAUGUGUUUGAUCAAAGUCUAGUUGUGGGUGGUGGCACACCCUUAUUCUUACGCUGCAGUUGACUUUAGGAUUUCUGAGGUGAAGAAUAUAGCCGUAGCCAUCAACUCCAUAAAAAUGAACUGGAUCUUGACUCAUUCAGGAGAUUUAUACGUUAUUUAUGUCGAAACACUGUCAUGUACCACAAGUUUGUCCAUGUUUUAUGUCAGUUCUACUCGUAAUUAAUGUGAUGUAGCUUUACACUGGUUUCACUGCACUUUAGGCUACUGCAGGUUUUAUUUUUGUUUUGUUUGUACGCAUUUUCUUUGUAUAAAUGUUCCCAUGUCGUUUAAUUUCUCCUUUAAAAUGUGAAUGUCAUAUUAUAAUGCUUAAAGCACAUGAUAGUGCUCUUUCUAUUUAACUUGAAAUAGGCAACUAUUCACAUUGACAUUGUAUGACACACUGUUGUCUGUGUAUAUGUGUCUGAGAAUUAGAAAAAAAAACUUUUCA